ACUGUGUAAAUCUAUAAUAUAAAUAUGAUGUACCUUUGUGCAAAAUUCAUAAUCAUUGUGAAAUUUUAUGGAUUUACGCAAUUCUUCAUUUUGCUCUAUUCAGUCAGUUCAUCAAUUGAAUUGACUGGGAAACACGUAUGUGGAAGUAAAGAGAAUGAAACGUAUUGUUGUAAAAACUAUGAAGAAAGAAAUAACAUGUGUGUCGAGUGUAGAUCUGGAUUCUUUGGGGAUAAUUGCAGCUUGACAUGUCCAAAAAAUCAUUACGGCCCACGAUGUAAAUUUGAAUGCAACUGUGACAAAUCUGAGUAUUGUCAUCGUGUAUGUGGCUGUGUGUCAAAUUUGACGAAGGCUUUUGAGGAAAAACAGAAGAUUAACAAUGUAACCAGCAAGCAUGGCACUAAAGAUACAGAUAUUACACAGUCCUUUUUGAUGGAAUCAUGUUUAUCUUCAACAAAAAAAUCCAUUGAAUCAACAGUCAACAACGUUGGAAAAAGCAAUGAUGAAGUAUUCAACCUUGACGAUAACAAAGUUUUGACUGUAUUUCUUGUUGUAUUGCCAUCAGUAUUAUUUGUCUGCUUGCUCCUUUUUUUCGGAAUAACUUGCAGAAAAUAUCAUACCAAAAAGAAUGAAGUAAAUGACGGUGUUCAUAAUGAGCUAUAUAUAAAUCAAGAAGGAAACAGAGUAAACAACACUUUAAGCAGAGAAGAUACGUCUGAAGAUCCACUCCGUGGCUCCUGUGAAGACCCUUGUUAUAGUACAUUAACACUGAGGGUUAACUAUGGCCCUAUACAGUCAUGUAAUCAAAACGAAUCUUCUGAAGAUGUUAAUCCCUAUGGCUAUACAUAUGAAGGGGAGGGAAAUGUGGCUAGAGUUCAAGGAAGGAAGGACAAUAAUAUUUAUCUAGAUAAAGAAAGUGUAGGAACGCAUAUGAGCUCAACUCAGGGACAGUAUGAAGACCCGUGGAGAAAUGAUUGUAAUAACUCCCUUUUGCGUCACUCUUCACAAAGGAGGUUUGACCUUAUGCCAGUUAAUGAAUCUUACAGUGCUUUACGGGGAAAAGAAUAUGGGCCAUACGAGCUGGCAUCUAGCAACUAA